AAGUUCGGAGAGCUUCGGAUACGUUCGUUAAAAAGCAAAAUGUCGUCUGCUAGGUGCGUCGUCAGAAACCGGGUCGUAUUUCUGACGUGAAAAUUGCUAUGAUAAGUGAUAAUGCAAUGUCUCUAUAUACAACUACGUAGUGUUUUUUGUUGGAAAGUGUAUCAAAAGUCACAAAAGGAUAUUCUUCGCAUUGGGUUGUCUCGUUGCCAACAAAGAAACUCUAAGAGAAUACCGGUGAACAUUGAUUUUUCCUGUUUUCGCAUCUUACUCGACAGAUGAUCAAACGAAUGUUGCAAAUGGAAGAUAUUGUCGAGGACAGUGAGGGUGGUAGAAUUAAACUUAAGGAAUUUUGACGAAUAAAAUACUGAAAAAUCUUCGAUUCGUGGCACAAAAUGUACAAGCAACAACGGGAAUUCAAGAUUGCAAUUGAGAGAGAUCGAAUGUGAUUUGUCCAUUUUCAACCAAAUCUAACUUGACCUAAGCGCCGCUGACGACAAAGAUACGAAGUAUUGCUGAUUAUCGGCGUGCUGGAAACACGUUACGUUGCUGGCUAAGCAACUGUUAUACGUAUUGGCGUGUAUCGUCAAAAGGACGCCAGACAUCGCGUACGCUUUCCCUGUUCGUCGUCUCCUUGCCACCUCUCUUCCUUCCGUUCCGCCGGUGCAGUUCGUGCACUUCUACGCCGUGGUACGUUACUCUACCCUACAGCAGAGUCGUGUACAAUAAAUAAACGCGCGGCAUGUAUACGGGUUCCACGUGCUUUUCGUUCGGCUAUAACUAUUUUCGAUUAUAAAACUAUUGAUUUCAAAGUAGAGAAAAGAAGAGAAAGAAAACAUCAUUAGUGAAAUUUAAAUCUAAGGGAAGAAGAGACCGGUAACGAGGAUAUUCUGUCUAAUAUUGUGUAUAAAGUUGUCAAAUGCCUGCUGUCGAUAACACGGCGAUUUAGUUCGGUGCACUAUUCGUCACUGCCUCGCGAACUCUAUUGAACGAAAACGACGUAAUACUUAGAAGCUCUUUGUGUGUCGCGGUUGUGAAAUUGCCAAGUGGUUGUGAAACAGUGCCGAGCAAAAGAGGAGUUGCACGAAUAUGGUGUAAAAAAAAAAAGAAGUUUCAAUCAACAGUUUUAGAGAAUGGAGUUCGAGCUAGACGGAAGUUUGAAGGAAUGGGUAAAGGAUAAACCGUUGAGUAUCCUGCAGCUCGAUCCUGCUGACAGAGCCGUCUUACGGAUUGCUGACGAACGAGACGCGAUACAAAAGAAAACAUUUACCAAAUGGGUGAACAAGCAUCUGAAAAAGCAUUGGAAAUACGUCAAGACUUACACGUGCCUGCACGUGUGCGUCCUUGUCAACAAUCAACCAUGCUGUUCCCCCACUGCCAGCAGACAUGUCGGAGAUUUGUUCGAAGACCUGCGGGACGGGUACAACCUCAUUUCCUUGCUGGAGGUUCUCUCGGGCGAGCAUCUUCCGCGAGAACGAGGUCGGAUGCGUUUCCACAUGCUGCAAAACGUGCAGAUGGCUCUUGACUUUUUACGUUAUAAGAAAAUCAAACUCGUCAAUAUACGUGCCGAGGACAUCGUGGAUGGAAACCCAAAGUUGACCCUAGGUUUGAUAUGGACCAUCAUACUACAUUUCCAGAGCUGGCGACGCAAGAUAUCCGACAUCGUAGUGGGUCAGGAGCCUAACGUGACCGCCCGGGAGGCGCUUCUAAGAUGGGCCAGACGAUCGACGGCGCGCUAUCCCGGAGUGCGCGUCACGGACUUCACCGGGUCGUGGAGGGAUGGAUUGGCUUUCAGCGCGUUGAUCCAUCGAAACAGACCGGACCUGGUCGAUUGGAGGAACGCCCGUGCCAGCCAACCACGAGAGCGGCUCGACCGUGUGUUCAACGUCGCGGAGCGCGAGUAUGGCGUUACGAGGCUUCUCGAUCCUGAAGACGUGGACACCCCAGAACCGGACGAGAAGUCCUUGAUAACGUAUAUCUCUUCGCUCUACGACGUGUUCCCGGAGCCGCCGCCGAUUCAUCCGUUGUACGAUGCCGAGGCCCAGAGGAGGUCGGAGGAGUACAGGGAGCUGGCGAGCUCCCUUCAUCUGUGGAUCCGCGAGAAGAUGUGCCUGAUGCAGGAGCGCUCCUUCCCUCCAACGUUGAUCGAGAUGAAGAAACUGGCCGCGGACAGUACGAAAUUCAAGAACGAGGAGGUGCCGCCGCGGUACAGAGACAAGCAGCGCCUCUCGUAUCUGUUUAGGGAUCUUCAGAAGUAUUUCGAGGCGGUCGGUGAGGUGGACAUCGAGCCUGAGCUUCACAUAGAGGUUAUCGAGAAGAAUUGGAACCGAUUGAUGAUGCUGCACCAGGAGAGGGAGCAGGCGAUCGUUGACGAGAUAAAACGGCUCGAACGGCUGCAACGAUUGGCGGAGAAAGUGCACAGAGAGAUGAAAUCGACCGAUAAUCGACUGGAGGAGCUCGAGAGAAGGGUGGAGGACGAGGCGAGACGUCUCGACCGACUUCAUCCUUUGGAGGCGAAACACGCCGUCGAUCUGCUCGAGCAGGACAUCCGUAACACCGAGAUACAGAUUCAAAAUAUUUUUACCGACGUGCACACGCUUACCGAAGGACGAUACAGCCAGGCGGCCGAAUUGCACAAAAGGGUUCAGAAGCUACAUCAACGGUGGGUCGCGCUGCGAUCUCUUCUUCACAAACGUUUGGUGCAGCCGCUCUCGGCCGUUUCGUUCCCGGUCGAGGAGCGCGUGGUCACGAAACAUCGCACCACCGUCCACGAGACCCGGCUGGUCGACACGAACCCGCACUUCCGCUCGUUGCACGACUGCAUCGACUGGUGCAAGGCGAAGAUCAAGCAGCUCCAGGACGCGGAUUACGGCUCCGACCUGCCGGGCGUGCAGAACGAGUUGGACGUGCAUCAGAAGGAGCACAAGAACAUAGAGCAAUUCCAUCCCAAGGUGGACAGAUGCGUGCAGGCCAAGAGCCACUUCCACGGCGAGGAGUCGACGUUGUACAGCCAACAUUUGGCCGUGCUUCAGAAACUUUACACCGAGCUGUUGGCCGCCUCGAACAAAAGGCUAUCCGACCUCGACACGUUGCUCGAUUUCAUACAAUCGGCCACGGGCGAGUUGGUCUGGUUGAGCUCCAAGGAGGAGACGGAAGUGACGCGCGACUGGAGCGACAAGAAUUUGAACGUGCAGAGCAUCGAACAGUAUUACGAGCGUACCUUCGGAUCCGGUAUAGAGUCCCUGAUGAGCGACCUGGAGAAGCGAGAGAUCCAAUUCUCGGCAGUGCAGGAUCGGGGCGAGGCCCUUGUCCUUCAGCAUCAUCCUGCCGCGAAGACGAUCGAGGCCUACAUGUCCGCCAUGCAGAGCCAAUGGGCCUGGCUCCUCCAACUGACCCUCUGCCUCGAGGUCCACUUGAAACACGCGGCCCAGAGCCAACAAUUUUUCCGCGACAUCCAACAAGCCGAACAGUGGAUCUCGAAGCGGGACGAGACACUCAACACCAUCUACUCCCAAUCCGAUUUCUCGUUGGACGAGGGGGAACGAUUGUUGAAAGGUAUGCAAGAAUUGCGGGAGGAAUUGAACGGUUACGGCGACCACGUGCAGAAGCUCGUCGACCAGGCCAAGGACGUGAUCCCUAUGAAGCAACGCCGACAACCCGUCACGCGACCCAUGCAAGUCACUUGCGUGUGCAGUUACAAACAGGUUAACAUGUCGAUCGAGAAGGGCGAGCAGUGCACGCUGUACGACAACUCGGGCAGGAUAAAAUGGCGCGUGAAGAAUCAGGAGGGGAUCGAGACGCCGGUUCCCGGCGUGUGCUUCGCUCUUCAACCGCCGGACAAGGAGGCGCUCGACGCGGCGGAGAGACUGCGACGGCAAUACGACAGGAGCAUAGCGCUGUGGCAACGGAAGCAGCUUCGUCUCAGGCAGAACAUGAUUUUCGCUACGAUCAAGGUGGUGAAAGGUUGGGAUUUGCCGCAAUUCUUGGCCAUGGGCCAGGACCAGAGGACGGCGAUCAGGAAGGCGUUGAACGAGGACGCGGAGAAGCUGUUGUCCGAGGGGGAUCCGGCCGAUCCCCAGUUGAGACGGUUGAAGAGGGAGAUGGCCGAGGUGAACAAGCUGUUCGACGAUCUGGAGAAGCGGGCGAGGGCGGAGGAGGAGUCGAAGAACGCCGGGCGGAUUUUCAACGAGCAGAUCUCCACGCUUCAACAAUCCCUCGACGAGGCGGAGAGGGUGUUGAAUUGUCGCGUGGCCGCCCCGUUGCCAAGGGACAUGGACACGUUGGAGCACCUGGUUUUGCAGCACAAAGACUUCGAGCAAAGCCUGAGACGAUUGGCCCCCGAUCUGGACAGGGUCCAGCAAACUUUCCGCGGUAUCACGUUGAAGACGCCCGCCAUGAGGAACAAGCUCGACGCCGUGACCACCAAGUGGACCCAUAUCUGGAACUCGAGCAAUCUGUACAUCGAACGUUUGAAGUGCGUGGAGAUCGUGCUCUCGAGACUGGAGGAGAACACGAGCGCGAUAUCCGAGAUCGAGGUGAAGUUGGCCUCGUUCGACGAGCUGCCCUCGGAUAUAAAAGGGUUGCAAAACGUGUUGGAGGACUUGAUGGUGGUUCAAAACGCCAUCGCUCAACAGCAGACAGCGAUGGAUCAGUUGAACGAGGACGCGCACAACGCGAGACGCCUCGUCGAGAAAUCGAGAACGAGCCAUCGUGGCCCUCACUCAGACAUGGACCGUUUGGACGACGAGGUGAACAGGCUGAACUCGAGGUGGACCAACAUCUGCGGCCAGCUGGUUGACAGACUUCGUAGCGCGGAAACGGCCUACGCGUUGGCCCAACAAUUGGAACACGCUUAUAGAAACGAGGUCGAUUUCGUCGACGAGUCGUACAACAGGCUCGAGGUGGAGAACGCGAAGAACCUGUUGAACAGAGUGGUGGAACGAGCGCCGGCGAUCGAAGCGGUAAACGUGACGGGCGGUCGAUUGAUUCGCGAAGGAAAGAUCUACGGACAAAGGCUCCGAGCGUUCAAGGAACAGUUGGAAGAUAUCUGCCCGUCUUUGGAUGCUUCGGUGAAAAAGCCUCGUCGAGAGUUCGUCUCGACGGUGGACGACAUCGCGCGUGAUCUAGAUACCCUCAACAGAAGAUACACCACGCUUGUCAAUAUCCUUCAGGAUCGGGUUAGACAGCUGGCAACGCAGUAUCCCGAGGACACGUCUCUGCAGCGCGCUCUCCAGGAGCAGAGGCCGCUGAGGACGUUCCGCACCGAGUUCAACAUCUACGAGAACAGCAGCUGCGAGGAACGUUACACCUCGACGACCACGCACUACACGCAAUCGCAGUACAGCUUGGAACGACACGAGAGGACGGAACGAACGGAGAGGACGGAGAUAAGCGAGAGGAGCGAGACUAUAGUUUCGUCCAGCGACUCGACACGCCGCCCCGGCUCGCAGGAGAGCGCUCGCGUCGCUAGCGACGGUCGAAGCGGACCAGCAGUCGGUCAGGAUGCGCGUCAGUUUCGUGAGAUCGAGAUCGAUCGGGAAGAGAGAACGUCUCGCAAACGCGAGCAGGAGGAAGAGGAGGAGUCGGAAGAGGAGGAGAGAUUCUCGAUCCGGGUGACGGCCGAUCUGACGGCUGGGGAUCUGGUUGCCCAGGGGGCGUUCGACCCGGAGAAGGAAAAGUUCGCGGACCCCGAGACGGGCGAGGUCGUCUCCUUCCAUGACUUCGUCCUUGACCUCGGCAUUUUCGACCCGGACGACGUCCUCGUCAAGGAUCUGUCCUGCAAAACGAUCGACAGAUACGUGUCCCUCCGCGAGGCGAUCGCCAAACCACUCGUAGAUCGAAACCUCGGAUACAUGGUCGAUCCGAAGACUGGCAAGAGGAUACCGUUCUUCGAGGCCGUGAGAACUGGCCUGAUAAAGCAGGGACCGACGUUAUCGACGAGGCAACCGGACGGCCGAGAAGGCAGUUUCACGCUGCGGGACGCGGUCGAGAUGGGCCUCCUCGACCCCGCAACCCGCCUCGUCCGCGACCCGGCCACCGAUCGAACCCUCCCGCUCAACGAAGCGAUCCGGCUCGGCCUGAUCGAUCCGAACUCGAUCGAUAUCCGGGACCCGGUCAACGACGAGCUCUCCUCCCUCCAAGAGGUGUUGGAGUCCGGCGCGAAGAUCGACGUGGAGGACGCGUUCGUGAGGGGAUUGAUCGUGCCCGAAUCGCGGAAACCGAUCUCGUUGGAGGCGGCCAUCAGGAAGGGGCUCUACGACGAGCAGAGCGGCAGGAUAAGGGACCCGUUGACCGGCCAGCUCGUCGACGUGGAGGAGAGCGUGAGGAGGGGUAUAAUCGACGCGUUGAUCACCGAGUGCGAGGACAGCAAGACGGGCACGUUCCUCACGUUGGAGGAGGCGCUUCGGGAGCCGAGGCUGCUCGAUUCCUCGACCGGCCGUGUCCGGGACACGAGGACGGGGGAAUCGCUCGCGUUGACCGCCGCCCUCGACAGAGGUCUGAUAAUCACGUCGAGUUUCGCGCCCACCCUGAUCGACGCCAUAGUGAGGGAGUAUUAUUGCCCGAGGACGGGCCUCGUAGCCAAUCCGAGGACGGGCGAGGAGACGACGUUGAAAGAGGCCAUGGAGACGAACUACGUGGACGGGGGGACGACCGUGGUGAGGGACGACAGGAGCGACGAGGUGUUGUCCCUGAGCGAGGCAGAGGAGAGACGAGUGAUCGAUCUCGAGAGAGGCAUAUUGACGUCCCCCCCGAUGACGUUGAACGUUGCCUACGAGAAAGGGUACAUCCUGAGCACGGUGAAGCCUUGGUCGUUGCAACAGGCGUUGGCCCACCAGACCUACGAUCCCGAGCGUGGCCUCUUCCACAUAGACGGGGUCGGUUACACCCUCGAGGACGCGUUGAAGAAGGGAUUGAUAGCCAAGGACAGUCCCUCGGUCAAGGAUCCGAGGAGCAGCGAGAUCAUCUCCCUCGGGGUGGCCAUAGAGGAGGGUUUGAUCGAUCCUGGGACCGCCACGGCCCUCGACCCGUCCACUGGCGCCCACAUAUCGUUGACGGACGCCCUGGAACGUGGCCUCGUGGUCCCGGCCAAGCGCAAGAUAUCCCUGCCCGAGGCGGUGUUCAAAGGGCUGUACGAGCCGAGCACAGGACGCUUCAUCGUCCCCGAGACCAGCGAGAGGCUGCAGACGGACAGGGCGAUCAAGGUGGGCGCGAUCGAUCCGAGCACAGCCGUGGUCGUCCGCCAGCCGAACGGCCGCGCCAUCACGUUCAGCAAGGCGAUCAAGGAGCUGAUAGUGGACCCGAAGACGGGCACCGUGACCAACGAGAAGGGGAAGCCGAUCGAUUUCCGGGAGGCGUUGGAGCGGGGCCUCCUUCUCGAGGCCCGCCGACCGAUGACGUUCAGCGAGGCGAUCUCCAAGGGGAUACUCGACGAGAGGACGAACAAAUUCUUGGACCCCCAGACGGGUGUAUACCUGAGCCUGGUCGAGGCUGUGAGAGGGAAUUUGAUAGACGCGGACUCGGUGACGGUGAAGGACGGGAGGAGCGGUUUCAGGGAGAGGAUAUCCCUGGCCGAGGCGAUCAGGAGCGGGUACAUCGACGGUGGGUCGGGCAGGGUGAGGGUGAGCCAGGACUCGAGCGUGUCCCUUCGCGAGGCGUACGAGGCGGGGCUGAUCGUGGACCACAGGGCGGCCGUCUCGCUGCAAACGAUCCACCAAGGGUUGUAUGACGACCGUACGGGGAAGAUAACGGAUCCGAGCACGGGGACGGUCACGUUGCACGAGGCGAUGAGGAAUUGCCUGGUGAGCCCGGUCCUCCCCUGUUACUGGGACAGGAGGGCGGGCAGGUUGCUCUCGCUGGCCGAGACGUGUCGGGCAGGGGUGAUAGACAGGCGGUCGGGCGUGUUCAGGGAGGGCGGGGCGGCCCUCACGCUGACCGAGGCCCUCGAGUCGGGGCUGAUCGUCGACAUCGAGAGCCCGCUCUGCCUCCACCAAGCGAUCGCGAUCGGCAUGUACGAGCCGGCGACGGGCACGUUCCGCCACCCGACGGCCGCCAAUCGAAGAGGAGGGGGGCUGACGCUGGCCGAGGCCUGCGAGGCCGAGCUGAUCGACGCGUUCUCGUCCAUCGUUCGGGACGCGCGUCGCGACAUAUACGUGCCCCUCUCCCUGGCCAUCUCCUCGAAACUCGUCGACGACACCCGCGGCACUUACCUACUCGACGACGAGCCACCGAUCGAUCUACGCGAGGCGGCGAGAAGGGGUCACGUGGUCCCCUCGAAUCUUCCCCUGGGCGUGGAGGCUGCGGUGAAUUGCGACUUGUACAGAGGCGAGACAGGCCUGUUCGUCGAUCCCCGCGUCAACGAGACUCGGGACUUGGCCGCAGCGUUCCACGCGGGCCUCCUCGACCCGGCCACCACGGCGCUCAAGGACGGGAUCACCGGCCAACUCGUUUCCCUGGAGCGCGCGAUAGAGAGCGGAGCGAUCGACCGCGGCCGCGUCCUCGACGCGAGGACCGAACGAUUUUAUCCGAUCGACGCAGCCUUCGAGCGGGGCCUGCUCGUCACGUUGGACAAACCUCUCGCCCGUUUCCCAACCCCCUCCUCCCGAUACUCGGAGGAGGUGAGCCUGGAGGAGGCGAUGGAGAGGGGACUGGUUGACCCGAGGGCAGCGGUGGUCAGGGAUCCGGGGACGGGUCGCUUCGUCCCGAUCGGGGAAGCGGUCGCCGAACGACGGAUCCUCGACCCGUCGUGGACGGGGAGAUUCGGUGGGCCGGCAAGGUUGGUCCGGGUUGGAGAGACGGAGGUGUAUCUGGUUGAACCGUUGAGCCUGGAGGAGGCGAUCGAGAGGGGAUGGUUGGAGAAGGAUGGUGACGGGAAGGUGAUGGAUCCGAGGACGAGGGAGCGGAUGACGUUGAGGGAGGCGGUCUGCCUCGGGAUCGUGGACCCGGGGUCGGCUUUGGUCAAGGACACGAGGAGGAGGAGAUUGGUACGGUUGGCGGAGGCGUUCGAGAGGGGGUUGAUGGACGCCGAGAAGGGGGACGUGUUGGAGACGGAGACGUUGAGGCUGUACGGGUUGUCGGGGGCGAUCGAGGGGGGUCUGUUGAUCACCCCGAGCCGCGGUUUCUCGUUCAUCGACGCGUUACAGUUGGGCCUUUAUCACGUGGAGACCGGUAAAUUUCGCGACCCGUUCCGCCCCGCGGCAGCGUUGUCCACGUUGAAGGAGGCGGUCGACUCGGCCUCGAUAGACCCGACGAGCACGGUGAUCAAAGUGCCUGGAACCGGUAAAAUCGUUAGUUUGUUAGAGGCGGUGAAUGCCGGGAUAGUAGAUCCUAUAGCGGGCGAGCUUAUCGAAGAUCCAUCGGGAAAGAGGCUUGACUUCGCGAAUGCCCUGGAGCAGGGUUAUAUACUCACCGCAGAAGCUAGGCAAGCGGUCGAGGAGAAGUACAAGCUGUGCGACGAAACGUCCUCGAAAUUGCUCAAAUGGAUAUCCGAGGUGGAGGAGCAGUUGGCCAAUCAGGAGAACGUGAAGGAAGACGUCGAGGAGCUUCGAAGUCAAAUAACCGCUAUGAACAAGAUCAAAGUGGACUUGGAAGCGCACUCGAGGCCGGUCUCCUCCUGCCUCGAUCAGAUACGUCAAGUCGUUCUGACGGGUAGCAACGUGUUGUCCAGCGAGGAGGUGUCCACGUUGGAGAAGAAUGGCCGAUCGUUGAAGACCAGGUUCGACAAAGCCUCGGAUCGUACCGAGAGAAUGGUGAAACGUUUGAACGCCGCCAGAGACGAGUUGGUCAAGUUCAAGAACGAGUUGUCCACGUUCUCCCACUGGUUGGACAGCGCGAGAAGGAUCCUCGAGAAGAAGGAGCACUCGUUGUCCGACCUGAACAGAUUGCACUCGAGCACGGACUCGACCCGCGACUUCAUCAGCGACGUGAUAGCCCACCAAGCGGACCUUCGCUUCAUCACGAUGGCCGGCCAGAAAUUCGCGGACGAGGGGAAGGAGUUCCUGCACGUUCUGAACGAGUUCCGUGCCGGCUUGCCCCAACCUUUGCCCGGCAAAGAGGCGACCUCGGCCGAGGACUCGGCCGUGCGAGGCGAGGUCGCCCUCGCCUCCUCCCGCUACAAGGAUCUCCUCACCCGUGCCAACCUCCUCUCCGACAAACUGUCCGGGGUGGGCGGGAGGCAGAGGGAUUACCGCGAGUGCCUGGAGAAGGCGAGGAGCUGGCUGAAGGAGAUGGAGCCGAAGGUGAAGAGGGCGGUCUCCGAGGCGACCGCCGCCGAGCCCAAGCAAGUGGAGGACCAGUUGAGCAGGAUAAAGGCGCUGAACAAGGAGAUGCUGGCCAACGAGCGGCUGGUCGAGGGCGUCAAGUCCAGCCUCGAGGCUCUCCUCGCCUCCCUCGACCUGGCCAACAGCGAGGUGGACGCGACCCGGCUUCGAGACGAGGCCGAGAACCUGGCCUCACGCGCGAACGACCUCAAGUCGAGGCUGGACGACCGGUACAACGAGUUGGAGAGGGCAGCUGCCGCUGUCGCCCAGUUCUACGAUCGGGCCAAGACGAUCCAGCAACAGGUGGCCGGUGUCGAGAAGGAAUUGGACUCGAUGAGGGCUUCGAGCAGGGAGGCGAAGGUGUUGCGCGUGCAAAUAGAGGAGACGAGCAAAGCGAUGGCCAAAGUGAGCCGCGUGUACGAGGAGGUGGCCAACUUGGAGAGCCUGGGCGAGCGAUUGGCCGAUCACGGCGUGUCGGCCGGUUCCCCGCCGAUCGUGGAACAGGUGGAGCAGUUGAAACGACAGGCUGGAAGGGUGGACGAGAGGUCGCGCGAGCGUUACGACGAGCUCACCUCGACUCUGGACAAGCUGCAGGAGUUCCAACGGAUGCACGGGGAGGCGAUGUCGGGGAUCGAGGAGGCGAGCGACCGAGUGAGGCGGUUGAAGCCGGUCGGUUCCGAGGUCGAGUCGAUAAAGGGGCAGCAGGAGGACUUCAGGGUGUUGAAGGCGGAGAGGAUAGAGCCGUUGGCUCGCGCGGUCGACGAGUGCAACGCGGCCGGCCAGGCGUUGAUCCAGAGCGCGGGCCGCGACGUGAACACAGGCCCCGUCGAGAGGGACGUGGACAGGAUGAACGAGAGAUGGAACGAGUUGAAGGAGAAGCUGAACGAGAGGGACAGAAGAUUGGACGCGGGCCUCCUUCAAUCUGGCAAGUUCCAGGAGGCGUUGGAGGGGUUGCAGAAGUGGUUGGCCGACACGGAGGAGAUGGUGUCCAACCAGAAACCACCCUCCUCGGAUUACAAGGUGAUCAAGGCGCAGCUGCAGGGGCAAAAGUUCUUGAAGAAGAUGCUGAUGGACAGGCAGAACUCGAUGUCCUCGUUGUACAACAUGGGCCAGGAGGUGGCUGGUGGCGCCGACCCGAAGGAGCGGAAGACGAUCGAGAAACAGUUGAAGGAGUUGGUGGGCAGGUUCGACGAUCUGACGGAGAGCGCCGCGGAGAGGAUGGAGGCGUUGGAGCAGGCGAUGGGCGUUGCGAAACAGUUCCAGGACAAGCUCGUCCCCCUCUCGAUUUGGUUGGACAAGACGGAGAGACGGGUGAGGGACAUGGAACUGGUCCCCACCGACGAGGAGAAGAUACAGCAACGAGUCGCCGAGCACGACGCCCUCCACGAGGACAUCCUCUCGAGGAAGCCCGACUUCAGCGAGCUCACGGAGAUCGCCAGCCAGCUGAUGGCGUUGGUGGGCGAGGACGAGGCAGCGGCGUUGGCCGACAAGCUUCAAGACGCCGCGGACAGGUACGCGGCUCUGGUCGAGCGCUCGGAGGCGCUCGGCGGUUUGCUCCAACGCUCGAGGCAGGGGUUGCGCCACCUGGUGCUUAGCUACCAGGAGCUUCAGGCGUGGAUGGAGGGGAUGGAGAUGAGAUUGUCCAAGUACAGGGUGUUGGCGGUGCACACGGAGAAGCUCCUCCAACAGAUGGAGGACCUGGCCGAUCUGACCGAGGAGGUGUCGAGCAGGCAGACCGAGGUGGACAGCACCACGGACUCGGGCCUCGAGCUGAUGAAGCACAUAUCGAGCGACGAGGCGUUGCAGCUGAAGGACAAGCUGGACUCGUUGCAACGGCGGUUCAACGACCUCGUGAGCCGGGGCUCGGACCUGUUGAAACACGCCCAGGAAUCGUUGCCCCUCGUCCAACAGUUCCACGACAAUCACAACCGUCUGAUGGAUUGGAUGCAGGCGGCCGAGUCCGCCCUCCAAUCGGCCGAGCCGCGCGAGGACGAGAUCGUCCGCCUCGAGAUGGAGAUAUCCGAGUACAGACCCGUCCUCGACAAGAUAAACGCGGUCGGGCCCCAGUUGUCCCAGUUGUCGCCUGGCGAGGGCGCUGCCACGAUCGAGGCACUGGUGACCAGGGACAACAGGAGGUUCGACGCGAUCGCCGAGCAGAUCCAGCGUAAGGCGGAGAGGAUACAGUUGAGCAAGCAACGCUCCCUCGAGGUGAUCGGGGACAUUGACGAUCUGUUGGAGUGGUUCCGCGAGGUGGACAAUCAGUUGAGGGAGGCGGAGCCGCCUAGCAGCGAGCCGGAGAUAAUCAGGGUCCAGUUGAAGGAGCACAAGGCGUUGAACGACGACAUAUCGAGCCAGAAGGGCCGGGUCAGGGACGUGAUCUCGACGGCGAAGAAGGUGAUACGGGAGAACAGCCGGCACGAGGACACGUCGACGAUCAGGGAGAACAUGGAGGAUCUGAGGGAGACGAUGGAGAUCGUGUCCGGGCUGUCCGCGGACAGGCUGGGCGCGUUGGAGCAGGCGCUGCCAUUGGCCGAGCAUCUGCGCGACACCCACGUGGGUUUGGUGAGCUGGCUGGAGGAGGCGGAGCAACAGGUGGCCAUGCUGCCGAUGCCCGCUCUGAGGCCCGACCUGAUAGUCGCCCAGCAGGACAAGAACGAGCUCCUGGUGCAGAGCAUAAACGAGCACAAACCGUUGGUCGAGAAAUUGAACAAGACAGGGGAGGCUUUGAUCAAACUGUGCAACGAGGAGGAGGGGAUGAAGAUACAGGACAUCCUCGAGGCGGACACGGCCCGAUACGCGGCCCUCAGGGCGGAGCUCAGGAGCAGGCAGCAGACGUUGGAGCAGGCGCUUCAAGAGUCGUCCCAAUUCUCGGACAAGUUGGAAGGGAUGCUGCGCGCCCUUUCGUCGACGGCCGACCAAGUGAACGGGGCCGAGCCGAUCAGCGCCCAUCCGGGCCGGUUGAGGGAUCAGAUGGAGGAGAACUCGGCCCUGAUCGACGAGUUGGCGCAGAGGUCGGAGGCGUACGCGGCCGUGAAGAGGGCGGCCGACGACGUGAUCAGCAAGGCGGGGAACAGGGCCGAUCCGGCCGUGAAGGACAUCAAACGGAAGCUGGAGAAGUUGAACAAGUUGUGGGCCGACGUGCAAAAAUCUACCACCGAUCGAAGCCACACCCUCGACGACGCCCUCCAAAUCGCGGAGAAAUUCUGGUCCGAGUUGAACGGGGUUAUGUCGACGCUGCGAGAGCUGCAGGACGCCCUGGCCGGCCAGGCGCCGCCCGCGCAGCCGGCUGCGAUACAGCAGCAGCAGGUCGCCUUGCAGGAGAUAAGGCACGAGAUCGAUCAGACGAAGCCCGAUGUGGAGCAGGUGCGCGCCUCUGGCCACGAGUUGAUGGGCCUGUGCGGCGAGCCGGACAAGCCUGAGGUGAGGAAGCACAUCGAGGACUUGGACCAAGCGUGGGACAACGUGACCGCUUUGUACGCGAGGCGGGAGGAGAACUUGAUCGACGCGAUGGAGAAGGCUAUGGAGUUCCACGAGACGUUGCAGAAUCUGCUCGAGUUCUUGGAGGAGGCCGAGGAGAAGUUCGCCCGCAUGGGCCCACUCGGGAGCGACAUCGACGAGGUUAAGAAACAGAUCAAACAGUUGGCCAAUUUCAAAGCGGAAGUAGAUCCUCACAUGGUCAAGGUCGAGGCUUUGAACAGGAGUCUGACAAGGCAAGCCGCGGAAUUAACGGAGAGGACGUCGUCGGAGCAAGCGGCGGCCAUCAAAGAGCCGCUGGGCGCUGUGAACAAACGAUGGGACGGACUUCUUCGCGGCCUGGUGGAGAGGCAGAGAUUACUGGAGAACGCGUUGCUCCGCCUCGGCCAAUUCCAACACGCGUUGGACGAGCUGCUGGUGUGGAUCGAGAAAACGGACGACACGUUGGACAACUUGAAGGCGGUCGCCGGCGAUCCUCAGGUGAUAGAGGUCGAGUUAGCCAAGCUGAAGGUGUUGGUGAACGACAUCCAGGCCCAUCAGACGAGCGUGGACACGUUGAACGACGCGGGCAGGCAACUGAUCGAGGACGGGAAGGGAACGGCCGAGGCCUCGACCACCGCGGAGAAGCUCGGCACGUUGAAUCGCCGUUGGCGCGAUCUGCUGCAGCGCGCCGCCGACCGCCAACGCGAGUUGGAGGACGCUUUGAGGGAGGCGCAGUCGUUCACCGCCGAGAUCCAGGAUCUGUUGUCGUGGCUGGGCGACGUGGACAACACUAUAGUCGCCUCGAAGCCGGUCGGCGGUUUGCCGGAAACGGCCACCGAGCAGCUCGAGCGUUUCAUGGAGGUGUACAACGAGUUGGAGCAGAGCCGGUCCAAGGUCGAGACCGUUCUCCAACAGGGUCAGGAGUACUUGAAGCGCGCCGACACGAGCAGCGCGGGGGGAUUGAGCCACAAUUUGAGGACGUUGAAGCAACGUUGGGACAACGUGACAGCUCGCGCCAACGACAAGAGGAUCAAGCUCGAGAUCGCGUUGAGGGAGGCGACCGAGUUCCACGACGCCCUCCAAUCGUUCGUCGACUGGCUGACCAACGCGGAAAAGAUCCUCACGAAUUUGAAACCUGUCUCGAGGGUGAUGGAGACGAUCCUCGGCCAGAUAGAAGAGCACAAAGCGUUCCAGAAGGACGUGGGCGUCCACCGCGAGACCAUGCUCAACCUGGACAAGAAGGGGACCCAUUUGAAGUACUUCUCCCAGAAGCAGGACGUGAUACUGAUCAAGAACUUGUUGAUAAGCGUGCAACACAGGUGGGAGAGGGUCGUCUCGAAGUCGGCCGAGAGGACGAGGGCGUUGGACCACGGUUACAAGGAGGCGAGGGAGUUCCACGACGCUUGGUCGAGCCUGAUGAAUUGGCUCGACGAAACGGAGAAGGUACUGGACGAGGUGGCAGGGGACGGGGCAGGGCUCGGAGGCAACGAUCCGGAGAGGAUCAAGGCAAGGUUGAACAAGCAUCGCGAGCUGCAGAAGGCGCUGAGCGCGAAGCAGGGCGUGUACGACGCGACCAUGAAGAGCGGCAAGUCGUUGAAGGACAAGGCGCCGAAGAGCGACGAGGCCCCGUUGAAGGAGUUGUUGAACGAGUUGAAGAACAAGUGGACGACUGUGUGCGGCAAGUGCGUGGACAGGCAGAGGAAGCUCGAGGAGGCGUUGCUGUUCUCGGGCCAGUUCAAGGACGCCGUCCAAGCGUUGCUCGAAUGGUUGGUCAAGUCCGAGAAGCAGUUGGCCAACACCGGUCCCCUUUUCGGGGACCUAGACACGGUGACCAACCUGGUCGAGCAGCACAAAACCUUCGAGAAGGAUCUCGAGUCGAGGGCCUCACAGAUGGAGUCGGUGAUCAGGACGGGGCGCGAGCUUCUCGACAAGGCGACGCCGGACGACGCUGCUGCGAUCGGCUCCCAAUUGGCAGAGUUGAACGAUCUUUGGGACACGGUGACCAGGCUGUCGUCUGAGAAGACGGGGCGGCUCGAGGCCGCUCUCAGGGAGGCUGAACGGCUGCACAAGGCCGUCCACGUGCUUCUCGAGUGGUUGAGCGACGCAGAGAUGAAGCUGAGAUUCGCCGGACAGUUGCCCGAGGACGAGCAGGAGAGCAGGAACCAGUUGAUGGAGCACGAGAAGUUUUUGAGGGAGUUGCGCGCGAAAGAGGUGGAGAAGGAGCAGACGUUGGAGUUGGCCCAGUCGAUCCUCGCCAAAGCACACCCGGACGGCGCUUUGGUCAUCAAACAUUGGAUAACGAUCAUUCAGUCGAGAUGGGAGGAGGUUUCCACGUGGGCCCAGCAAAGGAAUCAGAGGCUCGAGAAUCACAUGCGUGGACUUCAGGACUUGGACAAUCUUUUGGAGGAGUUGUUGUCGUGGUUGGAAGGUUUGGAGAACACUUUGAACGCCCUCGAGGCCGAGCCUCUGCCUGACGACAAAGCCACUCUGGAAAUGUUGAUCGGAGAGCACAGAGAAUUUAUGGAGAACACGAGCCGUAGACAGGACGAGGUGGAUCGCGUGUGCAAGGCCAGGCAGAUCAAAUCCGCGAAAGACACGAAGAAGAUAACGAAGGCUAAGUCGCCCGCGCCAACCCGAGCCAGCCCAGGUCGUGAGAGAACGCCCGAUUCGUUGCCGCACAUCGGCCCACGCUUCCCACCUAAAGGAAGCAAAGGCGCCGAACCCGAGUUCCGUAGCCCGAGAGUGAAACUUUUGUGGGAUAGAUGGAGACACGUUUGGAUGUUGGCUUGGGAACGUCAACGCCGUCUACAGGAUAAAUAUAAUUACAUACAAGAAUUGGACCGAGUCGCGAACUUCAGCUGGGAGGAUUGGCGUAAGAGGUUCCUGAAGUUCAUGAAUCACAAGAAGUCCAGGCUGACGGAUCUCUUCAGAAAGAUGGAUAAGAACAACGACGGUUUGAUUCCACGCGAGGAUUUCAUCCAAGGAAUCAUGAAUACCAAAUUUGAGACUUCGAGGUUAGAAAUGGGAGCUGUCGCGGAUUUGUUCGACCAACAUGGCGAAGGAUUGAUAGAUUGGAAGGAGUUCAUCGCAGCUUUGAGACCAGAUUGGGAAGAACGUAGGACGUACAACGAUACGGAUAAGAUCCAUGAUGAAGUGAAACGAUUGGUGAUGCUCUGUACUUGUCGACAGAAAUUCCGCGUGUUUCAAGUUGGCGAAGGAAAAUAUAGGUUCGGGGACAGUCAAAAAUUGCGAUUGGUACGAAUUCUACGAUCGACCGUAAUGGUACGAGUCGGUGGUGGUUGGGUAGCUUUGGACGAAUUUUUAUUAAAAAAUGAUCCUUGCCGCGUUUUUCUAAUGCCGAUACCGGACCCUAACAAACCGGAACAACACGAGGGUUGGUGUCCGCUCGCCAAGGGAAGAACGAAUAUCGAGCUGCGAGAGCAAUUCAUAUUGGCGGACGGGGUCAGCCAGACAAUGACGGCGUUCAGAUCGAAGCCGAGCCCUACCUCCACGUUGCAGCGUACUCAUAUCUCAUCCGCGAGUGCCGGACCCAUCACCAAGGUAAGGGAACGAAGCGCGCGAAGCGUUCCAAUGGGACAAUCGCGAGCGUCCCGCUCCUCGCUCAGCGCUGGAACACCGGACAGCCUGAGCGACAACGAGAGUUCCUUCAAAAUUGCCUCGGCGAGGAAAUCGAGCACACCGUACAGAAGCACAAUGACACCUGGAGGUAGCCGACCAUCCUCGAGACCGGCCUCGAGACCGGCGUCCAGACCGACCAGCAGGCCCGGAAGUAGGCCGGCAUCUCGACAAGGAAGCAAACCACCGAGUCGCUAUGGAUCCACUCAGUCGUUGGACAGCACCGACGAGUCAACGAACGUGAGCCGUAUUCCGCGAAGAACGGCGGUGAGCACGACGGGAAACACACCGACAUCGAGCAGGCACAACAGCGUUUCAGGGAAACGACUUGGAACGCCUGUGAACGGGUCGAGUUCGCGGCCUCGAACACCCACAGGGCUUGUUAGCCCCGCAAGUGGUGUUCCAUCCAGGUUUGGCACAAUCCAUAGAGCUUCGAGCAUUCCAACCCUGACUGGUGUCGGCACACCGAUCAGCCGCUCGAGGAUACCCGUGUAUGUGGGCACGGAUAUUAAAUCCCCACAAUCGACGACCAGCAAUAUUUCCACUCAUUCUACGCAAAGCAACCACUCGACUGUUUCUACCGAUUCUACCGGGUAUGGCCCAACUUUUCUCCCCCACUUAUUAACACCGAAUGUAACUCUCUCUCUCUCUCUCUUCUCUUACUUUUUUCUUUUCUUUUCUUUUCUGUUUGCACUCGCGUUGUGUGUCCACCAUUCGCAUGCGCAAACCAAGUAUUCUCUCUCACACUCUUUCACUCUGUCCAUCGCGUAAAUUAUUUCUCUUCUU